AUGGAAUCGGGUUUGGUGUUUUACAAUCAAACGUGGGAGCGCUUUGCUCAAUUGCUGACCGAGCGUCUCCCACCCGCUCCAUCAAUGGGACCGCGCACAGCAGAUGUGUCUGUAUCAGGCCCUAGAUCAUCCUCCAUCAACACGGACGAAUGGAAUUCUACCCGAUCCGAAUUGCUACGUCUGUUUCGGAAACAAGAGUAUUUUCGUCGCGCCUACAAUGAUACGCUGUCUCGAAUGGAUACUUUGGCAUCCAUUCUACCGGCGCACGCUUUGCCUCAUUUACCAGUACUCUCGGCUGUCCCUGCGACUAUUCCUCCGGACUCGAAUCAGACAGUCAAUGAACAAGAUCGAUAUGUGUACCCAUCGGCUAUGGAUAUGGCUGACAAUGAAGAAAUUUAUGGGGAUGAAGAGGAUGUUGAUGGCCAAUUUUUGAAUGGAGAAUCGGGUAACCAAGACGAAUAUGAUCAUGAUGAUCAUGAUGUUGACGAGGAGGAGGAAGAGGAUAUAGAGCUCAGUCCAGAACUGGUUGAAUUCAUGAUGCAAACAAUCAAACAUCGAGAAGAACGUGAUCGUUUGAAGCAUACCUCUUUACCAAUCGAACAAAAACAGUUACUCAAAGCGCCUCCACCGAAACCCUCAAUGCCUAUGCAUUCCUCGCACAAGAAAGCAUCCCCAAUAGCGACAGAAAUCGGUCGAUUGGAGACUGCUCUAUUGUAUCACUACGAGUAUUGUUCCAUUGCACGAGAUGCUCCAUUUUGGCCGUUCAUGUCUUCCCGUGUAUAG